GCUUGCUCACAAACCUCUAAAUCGCCCUUUCGACGACCCAUCGCCACUCUUCCCCCAGGAAACCAACUCCUCCCGUCCACAAUGUCCGCCUUCCUCCGUGUUGCUCGCGGCGUCCGCGCCGCCUCCGUCCGCCCUGCCGUCCAGCCCCUUGUGGCCCGCUCGGCCGUCGCCCACUUCACCACCUCGAUGCCCCGACGAAGCGAGCACGCCGAGGAGACCUUUGAGGAGUUCUCCGCCAGGUUCGAGAAGGAGUUUGACGGUGUCCAGGACGUUUUCGAGCUUCAGCGCAACCUCAACAACGCCUUCGCCUACGAUCUCGUCCCCGCUCCCUCGGUGAUUGCCGCCGCCCUCAAGGCCGCCCGAAGGGUCAACGACUUUGGCACUGCCGUCCGUAUCUUCGAAGGCAUCAAGUCCAAGGUCGAGAACAAGGGCCAGUACGAGCAGUACCUCGAGGAGCUCAAGCCCCUCCGGGAAGAGCUCGGCGUGCCGCUGAAGGAGGAGCUGUACCCCGAGGAGAAGUAG